AUCUUUGCUACUACUUCUGAUUACCGCGCUUGCGACUGACAACUUCUAAAAGCGAAAAUGUUCACGUAAUGCACUAACUCAGCCAAAUAUGGAGUCCUUACAAGAGUUGUCUAUUCCCUCCGAACUCUUUGAACUCACGCGUUCACGUGUGUUUUCCCGGUGGUUUGCAGCACGUGUAGUGCGUGUACGCGGCAAGUGGAGUGUUGACUAUUGCUUAGACCUGGUAGAUUCCACUCAGAAGGCUUGGUGCGUUGUGUUUGACGUUGAAAUAUAGGGAAGCAUCAUGAAUAGCGUAGCGGCUAUUCCAAAAGAGAACGCACGCUACUGUGACGUCGCUUACUGGGAUGACAGGUAUCGGAAUGAGGACACGUACGACUGGCUGCUUCCGUACCAUACGUAUGCCCAUCUCAUCAAGCAGCAUGUCCAAAAUACCGACCGGAUACUCAUGUUAGGUUGCGGAAAUAGUCCUCUUAGUGAGCUGCUGUACAAGGAUGGCUUUAGGAACAUUGAAAACAUUGACUACUCUCACGUUGUGAUCAACAACAUGUCAUCACACUGCAGUGACUGCGCCCAGAUGAAGUGGCACGUCAUGGAUGCUACACACCUUCAGUUUCCAGAUGGCUCGUUUGAUGUUGUCAUCGAAAAGGCCACUAUUGAUUCCAUGAUGGUAAAAGAAAAGGACCCAUGGAAUAUUUCGGAGCCAACCAGAGUGACGGUGACGAAAGUCCUAAGUGAGAUCAGCCGUGUGUUGCGUAGAGGUGGCCGCUUCAUCUCCAUCACAUUUGCACAGCCACAUUUCCGAAGCCCGCUCUAUGCCGACAUGCAGUUCGACUGGUCCCUCGACACAUUCAAGUUUGGCACCAGCUUCCACUACUUCUGCUACGUCAUGACCAAGGGCCAAGAACUAUCGUUGGACGCCACAGCCUGUUACCAUUUGCCUGUCUUCCGUCGAAAUUCCACCACUAGUCAAAGCAGUGAACCUGAAAAUGAGGACUUCCUUUUGAAAAUCUUAGCCUCCUGACACUAGGACAAAAAUUAGCUGUUUAAAGGAUUUGUAGCUUUCAUCUAGGACUCAAAUUUAUGGGAAAGCUGUUUAACACUGUCAACACCCAGGCGAUUGCUUCAGGGCAAAGAUGCAAUAUUGAAGCUGAAAGUUGCUCUUUUAUAUACGAUGGCUCUUGGCCAAGAUGGUUGGGUCAUAGUUUUCUGGAAUUCAGCAGACAUGUUUUUCUUUACAACAAAGAAGGCAUGUGUCACUUUGUUUCAUUCUUUGUCGUAAAAAACAAUAGUGUCUGCUGUAUUCCAGAAGAGCAAAAUAUCUUUAAUGUUUCUCAUUGUGUUUUCCACUAGUAUGUGUUGCAUACUUUUUAUCCUUCAUCAUGCUUAUGCCACUCUGCUUGGAGGAACACUAAAGUUACACCGUAUUAUCAGAAUACGCUGGUGCAGUAGCAUAGUGGUCACCGUUACCCUGAGAAGAGGCUUGGUUAGUCGGAAAAGAUGGAGGAAUGGAAAAUGAGUGACAGGUGCCACUCUGAAGUUUUGGCACUAGCCCUCUGUGACAUCACGGAUUUUGACAGCGUUUAGUUUUUCGGUAAAGAUGGACUACAUUUCAGUGUAAAGGAACCAGAAAAGGCUCUGCCUAGCAAGUCUUGAGAACAUUAUUGCACAAAAUUGGCCUUGAAUGUGGGGAAUCUUCAAAUCUGUGAUGCCCACCCUGGCAUACUGGCAGCGGGGGAUUUGAGUGAACUUUUAAUAAUUGUAAGUUUGAUUUCCUCCAUUAAUAAUGAACAUUUUUCGGUCAAAUGAGUAAAAAGAAGAGUUUCAUACAAAUGCUUCACAGUAUAAACUAAUUUGGAGUUGUUUCUUUAGUGUUCCUUGUCAGGGGCAGCUAAAACUUACAAUUCUUCACGUGUGCAAAGCACGCUUUCUUGGGCAUCGUGACUUCACGACGAACACACUGGAAGCUGCAAUGAGCUUUCUUUUUCUUUUUGUUUUGUCUUGUUUCGAUGCCAUGUUUUUAUGCCACAGGAUGGAUAGGUGGGAGAGGGUAAUGCAUUAUUAGAAAAGUUAGAGCCCAAGAAACACACUGGACAUAGAAAAGGGUGGCUUGAAAAGCGUGUGGGAUGUAUUUCUUUUCCACAUCCAGUGUAUUUUGCGCCCUCAUGUUUUCUCAUAUUUAUGCCAUCUUUUGGCGCAUAAUUUAGUGCCUUCAUCUAACGUUAAUGAAAUGGUAACCAAGAGGCUGAAAGUGCCAGGUUGUUUUCUGCCAGAGCUACACAGUGGACUGUGAGGAACACCAUAUGGAGGUCUUGGGGAUCAAUUUUAACCCGCUGAAAUGUGCAAGCAUUGUUCUUCAUUAUGCACAUAAAAUAUGACCACUUGAGCAUUUUAGCCAUUCUGCCUCACGAAAUGUGACUGCUGUGGCCAGGAGUUCAGCCUGCAACUUAAUAUGCAUUACCGAAAAAAAGAGAUCUAAAUAUAUCUAAAUAUAUGUCUAUUUUUGUGCAUGUGUGUGAUAUUAUGUUGAAGUUUAUGAAGUUUUUAUAGUGCAUGACUGGGCAAGAAGUUGCAUAUGUUGCUAUAUUCUGUCGUCAUGCCUGGUGCACAAUUAAAUUGUAAGCUUUCUUUUUACUGGAAACAUCAGUUGUAAUCUAGAAACUAGGCCAGUCUUGUUUGCUUGUUCAUUUCACUUUAGUUGAAGCACAGCAUGACAUACUCUAUACCGAAGUAGAAAUUAUGGAGGUUCAAGCUGAGUAUGCUAACCACUACGCCAUGGCCACAUUACGCAACCAAGAGAUAAUACUUCUGUGCCAUUUAGUUGUCCUCCAACAUAAGAAAAUGUCUCAAAACGAGCAAUAUCUCUGUGCAUUGAAUAGUUUUCAGAGCUUGCAGUUGUACCACUUGUACCUUUAACUGGUUAUGUGUUACGUGUGCUGCUUUCCAAUUGAUGGCACUGAGGACGGCAUGCGGCAAGGAAGAAAUUGGGAGGGGAAUUCUGUACGCUAACGCAAAGGACAGUGCCUUGCUAUUUGAGGCCCGAGCUGGCUGCCUGUGGUCAGAAACAUACUGGAGGAAAUAUUGGCAACAGCUUGAGGCAUGCGUCUGCUGCAACAAAAGUCUGGAAACGACUUAGGCCAUCGUAAUGGUAUACCAAGAUAUGCAACCAGAAAGGGCCAUAGGAAACUUCGAUCUACCUCAAGUGCAGGGAUUCAAAGUGUGUUGAAGCAUUAACUGGUCAUUAGUCGACAUAAGCAAGUGACAUAUUGAGUAUUCGUGGAAAAAAAGCAGGAAAGAAAACCGGAGUUGUUACAGGCAUAGGUAACUGUACACUACUAUGCAGGCUGUUUCGCAUAACUAAAAACGUUAAAUGCUGCCUAGCUGUACAAAGCUAAGGUAAUGUUGUUUGCCGUCGCUUGGAGAUAUUCAGAUUACUUAUUGCAUUAUUCCUUAUCCAUUAAUUAGUCUUAAUUAAUCAACUCUCAAUUAUUAUAAUCAGAUGUAAACUUUCAAUUAGAAAAUUGUAGACCAACAUGAGAAACUCCUGGUACAGCUUUCUGUUGCUCAAUGCAUGCUGCACAUAAAAGUAUUUUUGCAAGCUUGGAAGAAGCCCGCGAAUGUGUGCAAAGUGCCUCGAGCGGCCAGUCACGCGGCAGUUCUGCGUGCAUUCGCUGGCUUCUUUCACAAUUAGCCAGGCGACUAUUUGUCACCGCCCCGUUUCGGAGGGGAUGACAAUCAAUAUAAUCGCAUCUGCUGAUGCACUUUGCUAACUGCCGCAAGCUGCACGAUAGACAAAACUGUAACUGGCAACUACAGCGAUGUGCGCUUCAGUAGCACGUUAAAAUCGCAACUGUUUUUAGCACAUGCGAUGCACUGUCUACAUUGCAUGCAUAGUCAAAAAACACCACGCUUGAUGUGGAGCAUCGUCAUUUGGAAGUAUCCAGGAGUUCUUCAAAUGGUGCCAGAGUGCUCUAAUGUUUUCUGAAAGCAAAUUUGUUGGUGUGUCAUCGGUUCCCAGUUGCAGUUUGCAGUGAUUAAGGAGUUACUGGAUUGCGUUUCCUUCUCCGUGUUUUUUCUUGUCUUAUUGGCACUGUCAAACGAAACAUUCCGCACUUUUCUUCAACUUCGUACACUGUAAUCUUGCAUCAGAGCCAGUGACUACCGUUUUAUACAAUGCUGUCUUUGUAUAUAAACUUACAGCACACCAGGGAUAGAAUGUGAACCCAGCCUAUGCCCUUCUUGUGUAGCAAGAUUAUUCUCAUUGCAAACAGAUGUUGCUGAUUCAACCGAAAGACGGUUUCUAUGGGUGUGGCUAUGAAGCAACCACAUCAUAAUGCACAUCUACUACAGUUCUAAACAUGAUUCGCCAAACUGUCGCAAGUUGUGAAAACUGACACGCUGAAUCACAUUAAAGACUGAAAGUAAUGGGACAGCUGUCAGAAAUGGUAUCGGCUGCCAUCACUGUUUGUGGCGUUGGGACACUCUAAAUGCACUUGCAUUAACGCACCUCUGAACCGCUCACACCACAAAACGCUCCUAUUGUGGUGGAAAUCAGCUCAUGGACUUUGGCCAUACAGCAGUGGUGGGCUACGAGUAAGCAGUGGCACAUUCACGAGGGCCUAUAAAGUCUGGUGAUGUUUAAAGGUAGUUGCAUUUAGCGUAAGAAAUGUUACAUAAUUUAGCACAGCCUCCUGCAGAUUAGGUCUUUCUCUUUAAGCCACCUUAUUGCAUUAUGUAAUUUGUCCAUUGCAGCAGCAGAGGAAUUACACUUGCUAGGGAUGCAUUUUGUUGGAAAUGAGAUUAGCUACGCAUAUGUGUGGCACAAAGAAAAAUAUGUAACCUAUUGCUUGGCCUGAAAACCACAGUGCGACAAAAUGUGGCAUUGUUGACCGAUAAUUGGGGAGAGUCUGCUAUGUGAACACAGACGUAGAGCCUCCCGUGGCAUGCUUCAGCUGCGUGUCUGCACCACUCCUCCCUUGAACGUGUUUAUUUUUGACCUUUUACUUUCUUAGUCUUGCACUAUGAGCACGAAUUCAGAUGUGAACAAUUCCGGAAUGCUCCAAUGCAUUAUUCCAUUGUUCACCUGCAUUCGUGACAGUGGUUUAAUUCGGACUUCAAAACAUACACUUGGUGCUAUUUUUCGUGCAUAGAAAGUGGCGACUGUGUGAUUACGUGUCAUACUUCCAAGGAAUUAUGUGUAACAUGUGUUCUGAUUUCUUGUUCACAUUUCAGUCUGGGCUGAUGGUAUGUUUUGCCUUCACAAACAUUUGCACACCUGUAGCGUUUUUACAUACUGCCUGCUACAUAUAACUUCCUUUGUAGCAUUUCCACCUUGUGAGCUCUUAAUUAAGCAGUGCAUUGCUUUGCCUUGUUUGCUUUCCCCCCUUUUCCUUCUCAUUGUAUUUAUGCAUUUGCUGUUCUUAGCAUUGUUUAAUUUCCUUUCACUGGUGCUAAUUGUCUGGAAAGAAGAGAAAUAAGUUCCUUUUCUCUAUCGCUGUGAUACCUGCUCGUAUGGACAGUUGUCUGCAAUGCUUAAGAAGGCCAUCCCGCCAACUGGUGCUGUUGGACAUUAAACCUCGAAACUUGGAUCACCACAAAGUUGUACAGCCCCCCUUUUUGUCUACUCAAAUUACUGCCUGGCCCUGUUCAGAACUCUGCAUGGGGAUCUGUAUGAAUUCACAUAUGCAGUGGAAUGCCUUUACAACGAAGUGGUUUGGCCCACCGAAAUAAUUUGUUAUACAGGUCACUAUGUUGCAAAGGUCCUGCGCCACUCACAACAGAACUAGUACAUAAUUAUUCCUUCAUUAUACAAGUCAUUUGCUGUAGAGGCACUUGACUGUACAUAUACUGUACGGUGUUUUAGUAGCACCCUGUGUCCAGGUGGUGGGUGGCAUUUGUACCUUCGGUACAAACAGGAUUGCCAGUACAAACGGGAAAACACCAGUGGUGGGGACAUUGAGUCAACUAUCUGUGAGGGGUGGGGUCGGCACCAAAAUUGUGCACCUUAUGAAAAUGGAACCGGAAACAUCUGUAUGAUAGAACAUUGGCGUAUCACAAUGGCAUAAAGUAGGAAGUAACAGCCAUUGAACAAAUGCAUGAAACACGUACCUAGAUUGAUGGUGCUAUGUUAAAGAAUGUUGUUGCUACUCUUUUAACAAGCUUGUGAAAAUGACUGCAGCAGUGAUUAGCCAACAAUACAUACCUUUAUCACUAUUCAAUGUUUAGAUAAUUGUUUUUAUUGUAUCUGAUGUCUUCCUAUAUCAUUUAUAUUCUACACAUAGCACUUACGCUUGACGUUUUCCAUCCCCCUAUGUGGUACCUGAACUUAAUAAAUAAUUAAAAUAAAUAAAUAUUUACAAAUUUAAGGCAAACUGGUAUGCAAGCUAACCUGAAGAAUGUGCACCAUUUUGUGUUUCAUGAGGAGAUAGUUGGGCAUUUAAAAAAGCACAAAUCGUUGCUGAAUUCCAGAUUUUCUGAAAAUGUGUGCAGAAAAUAAGAGGAAGGGUCAGUUCACCCUCUUAGAUCUCGCAACCCAGAAAACAUUGCCAAGAUAACAGCAUUGAUUGUCCUGCCAGCUGACAACCAGUCGUAUGUGCAAGUAAAAGAAAAUUGCUAUGGCAGCUGGAAACAAGCCGUGUGCUUAGUGGGGGAGUAAAAAACAAACUUCAGUAGCAAUUUAGCAUUAGGUGCGAGAAAAAUGCGUUAGCAUUACGUCGCAUCUCUUUGAUGUCCCGGAUCCAUGAUUUAAACUGUGUCCACCGCGUUGCAGACUUGUUCAGGAGCUCACUUGACACACAUCCUGCCUCUUUGAGGAGUGAUGUGCAACUGUUAAUUUACACAUUUUUUUCCACUUUGAUACUUGUAAUGUCUGCGCACUGAAAACAUCGGAGUCACGCUGGGAAUUGGUCUGUUCCUUACAUGCCAUGGCGCAAUAGCACAUGUUUUCAUUUGUAAUUGGCAUCUCGGCAGUUGCUUUUAUUGAUCAUGGGCUGGCAUGUCAUGUUAGUUGUGUUUCUGUUGUGUGCUUGACGAGUCCAAUUUGUGAGGUGCGGUUGUUUACUAUGUUAUGUGCUGUACCUUGAUGAACCGAUAUGGCACAUUUGAUUAUUGUUCAUUGGAUAAUUCUGUGUGUUGAUAUGUAACCAGUGAUUAAUUACAUGCACAGAAUUGUGUUUAAGAAAACAGCA